AGAGUCGCAGUCGAUUCUCCGUCGCUGAGCCUUGAGUCAUUCAUCCCGCUCCAAAAUUUCGGGACCAACGCCGCAGUCACCUCUUUUUUUUUUAUUUAUCCCACGCCCACGCCCGCCCACACUCUCUCAGACCUCGCAAUCACGAUUACAUUCUCUACACCCUCCUAAAUAAGGUGUUCCUUUGUCUCGUGGGCAGUCAUGUGUGGUAUCUUUGCCUGUCAUGGUCAUCCGUCGAUAGCCACCUUCAAAACCACUGCACUGCAGUGUGUCAAAUGCCUUCGACACCGUGGUCCCGAUUGGUCGGGCAACUGGAUUGGAAACAACACAAUUCUCUGCCAUGAGCGCCUGAGUAUUGUGGGUGUCGACACUGGCGCACAACCUCUGGUCAACGAUGAAGGAAGCAUUGCUCUGGCUGUCAAUGGCGAGAUUUACAACCACCGAAUUCUGCGCAAGCAUCUCCAGACGCCGUACAACUUCAAGACACACAGUGAUUGUGAGGUCAUCAUCCCACUGUACAUGCAGUAUGGCAUCGAUGCUCCCAAGCACUUGGACGGCAUGUUCUCAUUCGUUCUGUACGACAAGACCCAAGAUCGAACGAUUGCCGCCCGGGAUCCCAUUGGGAUCACCUCCUUCUACCUCGGUCGAUCGAGCACAACGCCAGGUGCAGUCUUCUUCGCUUCCGAAUUGAAAGCCUUGGCCCCGGUCUGCGACAACAUCCUCUCUUUCCCUCCUGGUCACGUCUAUGACUCGAAAACCGACAAGCUCACCAGAUACUUCGAGCCAUCAUGGUGGGACCCUGAAAAGGUCCCUUCGACGCCUGUGGACUACAAACUCCUUAGAAAGACGCUGGAGAAAUCGGUGCUGAAGAGACUCAUGGCCGAAGUCCCGUACGGUGUCCUUCUUUCUGGUGGCUUGGAUUCCAGCCUGGUCGCUUCUAUCGCCCAGCGGGAAUCACUCCGUCAGCGAGAUCUCAUCAACUCUCAAACCAAUGGUACAACAAGCCAGGCCAACGGCGAUGCACCGCAGACUGGUUCCAAGCUCGUCGGCAUUGACGACGAGGACGAGUUGUCCACCGUCACAUUCCUUCCACAGCUCCACUCCUUUUCCAUCGGCCUCCCCAAUGCGCCGGACACCAAAGCCGCCCUCGAAGUUGCCAAGUUCUUGGGCACCAAGCAUCACGACUUCACAUUUACCAUCCAAGAGGGUUUAGAUGCCUUGUCAGAUGUCAUCUACCACCUCGAGACUUACGAUGUGACGACCAUCCGCGCUUCGACACCCAUGUAUCUUCUUAGCAGGAAGAUCAAGGCGAUGGGAGUGAAGAUGGUUUUGAGUGGUGAGGGAAGUGAUGAAAUCUUCGGUGGUUAUCUUUACUUCCACGCUGCGCCCAACAAGGAAGAAUUCCACAGGGAGACUGUCCGCAGAGUAAAGAACCUCCAUCUGGCAGACUGUCUUCGUGCCAACAAGUCGACGUCGGCGUGGGGUUUGGAGGCUCGAGUACCUUUCCUGGACAAGCAAUUCCUGGAAGUCGCCAUGAACAUCGACCCAGCAGACAAGAUGAUUACAAAGGACAGGAUCGAGAAAUACAUUAUCCGGAAAGCAUUCGACACGACCGACGAACCGGAAACCAAGCCUUACCUUCCCGAUAACAUCUUGUGGCGGCAAAAGGAACAGUUCAGCGAUGGUGUCGGCUAUGGCUGGAUUGACGCGCUCAAGGACAAUGCGGAGCUCAACGUCACCGAUGAGAUGAUGAAGAACCCCAAAGCUGAAUGGGGCAACGACAUUCCCGACAGCAAGGAAGCCUACUGGUACCGCAUGAUGUUUGAUCAGCAUUUCCCACCGUAUUGCGCAUCGACCGUCAUGAGGUGGACUCCGACCUGGUCAAAGCAGAGCGAUCCCAGCGGAAGAGCGAUUGCAACCCAUGUUGCAAGAUAUGAGAACGGAGAUGUGAUUCCAUCAUGAGUGAAGUCACAGGGUUACGCCGCAUUGGUCGGAGUUGGGCUGGUUUUUCUGAGGGACAAUGAAUCUAAAGUCGAAAAGCUCAACAAAAGGUCCACGGGGCGGAUCUCUUCCUUUUAUUCACAACUUGAGACCUGGAGGAGCUGGGGGAUAGUUUUGCGGCACAAGUACAGUACUAGUAAAACAAUGGACAUACCCCUAUAUACAGAUAGACUAUUACAGUAUUCCGUAUCUUUACCUACA